GGUUGUUCUUAUAACCAAUUUGACGCUGAUUCCUUUGGUAAAUAAAUUCGAUACAAAAUAAUUUUUAAAUCUUGUUGCAGUUUUGCUUGUUCUGACUUUUAAAUAAACAUAAAAAAUCAUUGUAAAUCUUGAAAUUCGCACAAAUGUCGAAUAAAGCUUUAAGAAUGGCGAAACAGCGUCCUGUCCAGUUCGUGUCGCACGGCGUGCAGAACCAGCAGGCGUCGGAGCAGUAUACGCCGGAGCAGCCUACGGGGCUAAAUGAUAGUAUGGAGGAAGACCAUGACAUGAAUGAGGUGUCGGAACAAAAGCCUUCCUGGAUGAAGAAAAUGCAAGGAGUUAAAAGAAUCUCUAACAAAGAGCGGCGCCGUCGACAGAACCAGAACCUGAGGAAACUUCUCACGCCCAAGAGCGCCCUGAUGGUGCUCAACGAGAUAAUGCCUGGGGAACAGUUGGUGUUCAAAGUGGAGCCGGUGCAAGAUAAGCAAUUUUACAAAUCAACAGACACGUGCUUCUGUGCUGAGGUCACGGUAGAGGGCAAGACCUUCAAGGGGGUUGGUGAGACGAAGGCGAACGCGCGGCACGCGGCGGCCGAGCUGGCCAUCCGCGAGCUGAUCAUCAGCCGCCUCAGCCGCCUGCAGGACCAGCAGGCCGCGUCCAACGCUGCCGCCACCGCCGCCAACGCCGCCGCCGACGCGACGGGCGAGGAGGGCAUGGAGUGCGCGGAGGAGGAGCCGAUGCCGAUGAUCCAGCUGGCGUCGUUCGCGCUGCACAAGCUGUUCAGCGAGUGGGAGGGCACCGGCCUGCGCGUGCCGCACUUCCGGCCCAGCGCCGCCUCCGUGUCGUCGGAGGCGGAGUGCGGGUCGGCGAGCGGGGGCGCGGCGGGGGCGAGGGGCGCGAAGGCGGCGAAGCAGCGCAGCGAGGUGCCGAGCGGCGCGGGCGCGAUGCACCCGUGCAUGCUGCUCACGUACAUGCGCCCGCGCACGCUGUACCGCGUGCUCGCCUGCACGGGCGACCGCCCGCAGAACUACGAGUACAAGAUGGCGAUCGACGUGGACGGCGCCACCUUCGUGGGCACCGGUAAAAACAAGAAGGAGGCAAGGAAGCAAGCCGCCAUCGCCGCUUGCACCUCGCUCUUCGGUGUCACGUUCGAUCAGUAGAUGUUAAUUGUUGUAUAUCCUAAGGUUUUAUUAUAAUCUAGAUGUAUUUAGGACCUAAAUAAGUUCAAUUUUAUUCAUGACUUAUCGACAUAUGAAGUUACGCCUCGCUUUUUGACGAUGGUACGAUGAAA